UGUAGUCUUCACUAGGAAAAAGUGGACAUCGGAGAAGAAGCAAGUCAAGCAACAGCACGAAACAAUGACGGUGGCAGCAGGAAUCGGAUACGCCUUGCUAGCCUUAGGUCCCUCUCUCUCCCUCUUCGUCGCUGUUAUCUCUAAGAAACCCUUCCUCGUUCUCACUUUUCUCUCGAGUACAUUGGUAUGGCUUAUAAGCUUGAUUGGGUUAUCAGCAAUCUGGAGGGCUUUCCUUCCACUAAAGACAACAGCAUGGUGGCCCUAUGCAAUUCUUAUACUCUCUUCCGUUAGUUUUCAAGAAGGUCUUCGUGUGCUUUUCUGGAAAGUUUACAAGAGGCUGGAAGAUAUAUUGGAUGGAUUUGCAGAUAGAGUCUCUAAGCCUCGCCUCUUUAUAACAGAUAAGAUGCUAAUUUCUCUAGCUGGUGGUUUGGGUCAUGGUGUGGCACAUGCUGUAUUUUUUUGCCUCAGUCUAUUGACUCCUGCAUUUGGGCCAGCAACAUAUUAUGUACAAAAGUGCUCUCAGCUUCCCUUUUUUCUUGUAUCUGCAAUUAUAGCUCUUGCAUUUGUUACCAUCCACACCUUUUCAAUGGUCAUUGCGUUCAAUGGAUAUGCAGAAGGAAAUAAAGUAGACCAAUGUUUUGUUCCUGUUGUGCAUUUAGUUGCUGGCAUGCUGACCAUGACAAAUCUAGCAGCUGGAGGUUGUGUUAUUGGAAUACCACUUCUGUAUUGUGCUGCAAUCGUAACACUGGUACAUUGUGGGAAGAUGGUGUUUAGGAGAUUGACAGAAAAUCAGAGCAGGCUGGGAAACUUGUAACAGUAGUCUUAAACGAGCUCAUUUAUUUGCUGAAGCAAGUGUGCUCUGUUAUGAACAAAGCACCUCAGUUCAACGUUACAUUUCAUUUAUGGUGGAAUAUGCAAUGUCCUUCAGGCUAAUAGCUAACCUUCCCCCUCUUGCUCAGCUUGUCAUUUAAUUAUUAUUUUUUCCUUAUUAUACAUCUCUGUGCGAAUGGUAAAUAGAUGGUGUUUGAUUGAGUGUUUUACUGGUAAAUGAGAUUAUACAUUUGGGAGGGUCGUA